GCUACUUUGGCCUCCACCCUCUUUCCACUCUUCAUACCUCCUCCUCUCUUCCUCGGCAACCACUAUCUCGCGCACUCCCUCUAUUCGCCUUGCCCCAUUUCAUUCCGAACUGAACCACACACACACCAAACAGAAACCCAUUCCCUGUCUCCUACACUCUCUACCUGUCUUUAUCCAUUAUUCAUAUUUUUUAAAAAAUUCAAUCGUAAACAUCUGCAAAGCUGCUAUGUGGUCCACCUUCUUUCUGCACGAAGCGGAUGGCAGGCCGAUUCCACCAGGGGUGGGAGUAGGACCAGGAGCAGGUCCCCUUGGACUGACCGGUGUUAUGGGUGGCAGAGGGGCUGGGGCUGGUGCUAUGGGAGUUAAGCGCCGGGCAAAAGCGUCAACAUCGGGACGCCCAGGGGGCAUGAGCGAGGUCCAGGAGGGCAAGAUCAAGCUGGCGUUCUUCGUGGCCAUCGUGGGCGUGGUAUUGACUGUCUUGGGCUUGGGCACAGAGUAUUGGGUGGAGCUGUCCCCGCCCAAGAACUUCUACAACAACCAGACGUGUCUGGCGGCCCACUACGGGCUGUGGAAAGGAUGCACCCAGACUCUGUGGGUGGCGGACAUAGACCCUGAGCGAGAGAGCUGUGGGCCGGCUGAACUGCCAGGAGAAUCUAACUGCACCUACUUCAAGUUUUACACCACUGGAGAGAAUGCAGUCAUCUUCCAGAAGACAACAGAAAAGAGUCUGAAUGUGGCGGCAGCCAUGAUGGCCCUCUUCGGUCUCUUCCUGAUGGUCAUGGGGGCCAUAUGCAUCACCACAGCCCUCAGCAAAGGAGAAUCGUUCUUCCUCAAGCCUGCUUCGGUUUGCUUCAUUCUGUCAGGCCUCCUGAUGCUCCUAUCUCUUACUGUUUUCAACCAAUCGGUCCUCUCCUUCCUAGCCAGUGACCACUCAGUGCCUUUGCAUCACGAGCUAUCUUGGUCAGUGUCCUGUAUUGGGUGUGCAGGGGCCAUGCUUCUUUUGGGCGGAAUCAUCUUUCUCUUGCUUGCACUACCAUUCAGCCCCUGGCGAAGGUGUUUUCCCCCCAAAAAUGAAAGUGACAGCUAGUGGCGAGAAGGAGGUAUAGCACUUUAUCUGUAUCGUCUUAUAACUGUUGUUGAGAAAUCUCCUGCAAUUUUACAUUGAUGCUUUUGAAGUUGUGGAGAGAGAGAGUUUAAGAUGUUCCUCGUCUUUUUUUCUCUCCUUAUUUUGCAUAAAUCAGUAGAGCUCAUUAAAGGGACAUUAUACUGCUCUUGACUUAUGAAAGCUGAAGAAUUAACACUUACACUAACCAGGUUUCCAUCCAACCUCUUUAUGCGAGUAAAGUGCAAUGUCGCAUAAAACAUGUCAUGACAGGCCUGAUGGAAACAGAUUGUUGGGGGGUAAACUUUCCAAAUGUUGACAAAACAAAAUACACUAGACAAGGUGGGAUCUUUUUGUGUCGGUAAAAAUGAAUUAUGCGAGAAGUGUCGGUGGAAACGAUAAUACGUCAAGCAAUGACAUGUUGUGUGGUCCUCCCACUAUGACUCGUCGGGAAAGCAUG